GCAGGUCGCUAUGGAAACUGCGUUACGCUCCGGGCGGCCGGAGGAGAAAACAAGAGGCGCGAGGGCUCGUUUCAUUCUUCAUUUCAGCACCACGCUGCUCCUGGACAGCGCCCGAAUGAACCCGAGCGCAGAUUCAGGCGUCGCAUGUCUUCUUAUAAGAGACGGAGCCGCAGCACCGAGGAAAAACAGACCCACGGACACGACACGAGAAACUCCAAGGACCUGUAGAUCGGUGGAUACGCGAGGCGUGAUUCGGCAGAAGAGCCAGGAGCCGGUCGCUCCCUUCAAAUGCCACAGCAACAGGGCAGCAGCAUGUCUGAGAGAAAGUCCAGUCAGCGGUUUCACAGCCUGAACGCUGAGCAGGUGGAGGUUCUCCAUCAGGUUCUUUCAGAAGUGGUUCCCAUCCACGGUCGCGGGAACUUUCCCACAUUGGAGCUGCGCCCUCGAGACAUCAUCAUAGCAGUUCGGGCCAGGCUACAGAAGCAGGGCAUCACGGUCAGAGAUGUUCGUCUGAACGGCUCCACCGCCAGCCACGUCCUUGUCCGAGACAACGGAACCAGCUACAAGGACCUGGACAUCAUCUUUGGAGUGGAGCUGCCCAGUCAGGAGGAGUUCCAGGUGAUCAAAGAAUCAGUGCUGGGCUGCCUGCUGGAAUGCUUGCCGGCUGGAGUCAACAGGGAGCGGAUCAGCAGUGCCACAAUGAAGGAGGCCUAUGUCCAGAAGAUGGUCAAAGUCUUCAAUGAACACGACCGCUGGAGCCUCAUCUCCCUGUCCAACAAUAGUGGCAAAAACCUGGAGCUCAAAUUCGUGAGCGCGCUGAGGCGGCAGUUUGAGUUCAGUGUCGACUCCUUUCAGAUCAUUCUGGACCGUCUCCUAGAGUCGUACAUGCAGCAGGAGUCGCAACACAAAAUGAAUGCUGUUGAUGUGAAGGACCAGCCUGCAGAGAAUCUGAAUAAAUGCUCCUCUUCUUCGCAGAAUCAGACCUCUGCUCCAGAAACAGAGAAGCCCACAGACUUAUCCAGCGAAGAAGGGCCUCAGAUCAGUCGGACACAACAGAAAGAUGCGGUGCAUGUAAAUGAGUCUCAGACAGAAGUCUCACAACAAAGUGAGAAUUCAAAUCAGACAAAACACACCAUACUGGAAAAAGACAACAAAGAGAAAACACCUGCAGAGUUGACAGAAGUGUCAGCGCACAAAGGAAACUUGAGUGAGACAGACCAGACUUCUCUAAACCUUUUGUCAGAAAAGGAACAAGCCUCUGAGAAUGCUGAACCACCAGCUCAUAUUGAUCUCAGACAUGAGCCAGAGCUCUUGGACGAGACUAAAUGCUCAGUGAAGGUAGAACAGUCAGAGCAGACAAAGCCUCGUGAUGGCCGACAACCAGCACAUUCGAGUCACAAGGAACUCUCUGUCCAGAAAGAACUGUCCAACCACACAAACCCCCCUGAUGAACAGCAAGAACUCACAGAGCAGAUGGGACCCCUUGAGACGCCAGAAACCUCAAAUAAAACCCAGGCAGAGUGUCUAAACCUGACAGACGAAUCUCAGAGCACAGAGCAAUCUGAUAAAACAAAUUUAUCUGAAGGUUUCAGAGAGGAUCAGAGAAGCAAUGAGGAAGAUAAAAUUCAACAUGUGUCUGCUCCAGACACUAGCACGUCUUCACAUGCAAAGUUAGAGACAGAGUUAGAGGAUGAAGGAGAAGCAGAAACAGAGCCCCAGGAUGAGAUACAGGCAGAGAGGGAAAAUGACACAAAGAGAACCGAAGAGACUUUAGCAUUAGAAGCAAAACAUGCAGGAGACACACAGGGUAUUGAUUGUUCCUGCUCCACCUCUUCCACUCUCACACUUCGCAACACACAGCCUGCUGGCACACAGGAUACACUGGAGACUCACAGCACACAACACACGGAUAACUCAGAAAAAAACCCAAACACACUUGAUGCUGUCAGCCCUCCAGAUACUCAGGAUAUUUUACCUGCACCACCCAGCCUUGUUUCUGACAAAAAGACCUCCUCUUCUCCCCCCACGAAGGCCUCAGAGAGACUAUCUCACAUGGUGGUGCUGAAACAUUCAUCGCCCAAACCCCCUCGGAGGAUGUGUAGAAAGGUUGCACCAAAUCCUUACCCCAGCCCACUCUCUGAAAGUGAACUUGUCAUUUCAACCUGUUUAGAUCCAAACUCCUGCCCCGGCCCAGAAUCUGAGACAGCCUUUAACCCUACAACUAUCCCAACAAUCAGUAAAACAAAUUCGGGGCCUGAACUCAAUCCUUCCAGUGACCAAUCUUCAAACCUUCAUCUUACCUCAGCUCCAGAUUCAGCCCCUGAUUUAACCUCCACCUCUGCAGCUGAUGCCACGUCUGCUCUACCUCAAGAGCCAUCGUCCUCUCAGCUAAUCACGCAGAGUUCAUGUGAAACCAGUAUUCAGAGCCUAGAAGAGACACCGACCACACAAGAUGCUGUUGAUGGGCGAAGCCAGCCCUCCCCUGUAGAAACUGCCUCUGCACCCAAACAAUCAGAGCCUCUCGACUCAGUGGACACAUCCAGCUCCAACACCCAUGAACAUACCUCAGAAGCUAAGCUCAGUGACGAAAACAGUACAGAACAGACCAAAAAGGUGGACUCGAAUCAGCCCAACGUCAGUCCACAAGAGACUAGACUCAGUUCAACCUCCUCCUCCCACUGUGUCACCCCUCCUGUUACCUGUCUGACCCCUCCUGUUCUCAGUCUCUCCCCUCCUUGCAUCAUGUCGUCACCCCCUAGCCUCAGCCCUCCCCCAUGUCUGACCCCUCCAUCUCAAUGCCACUCGUCUCCGAUGCUCAGCACCAUCAGCCCCACCACCAGCUUCAGCUCUCCACCCUUAAGUUUCAGCCCUACGUCAUCCUGCCUCAGCUCACCUUACCUCACCCCUCCCAUGCUCAGCCUAAGCCCUCCUCCGCUCUGUCUCACCCCACCAUCCCCCUGCCUCAGCCCUCCCCUCCUAUGCCUCACUCCGCCGGUGGAGUCGGAGGACCUUGUACCUCAGGUAUCUUCAGACUUGGAGCCUUUGAUACUGAACACAGACAGCGAUGAACAGAUAGAAGAGUCCUCCCCUCAGCCAGGAGUUCCUCUCUUACAGUUGGAGGAUAAAAAGGAGCAUGAUUAUAUCUCAUCGUUGCCUCAGGUUACUGAGCCCGUCUCUUUUCCAAUCACAAUCCCAAGCUCCUCCUCACAUGCGCUGCCUCACACUCAGUCUGGAGACUCAGGGGAAUCUGCCCCACCAAAAGCUGUUGAGGCAUCCAGCUCCCUGCCUGAGAACAAAGAGGCCUCUGAGGUAACCACAGACCUGCCUGAACAGUGUGACACUCUGGCAUCUGACUCAGUCCCUGCUGUCGAGGUCCUGGCAGAGAGCAUGUAUGGUGACUUUGAGGCAGCCAUGGACCACCUGCGCUACCGCCUGAUCGCUACCAGGAACCCCGAGGAGAUCCGAGGUGGUGGUUUGUUGAAAUACAGCAACCUGUUGGUCAGAGACUACCGACCAGCCAGCGAGACUCAGAUAAAGACACUAGAGCGCUACAUGUGCUCACGCUUUUUCAUCGAUUUCCCCGACGUGCAGGAGCAGCAGAGAAAGAUCCUGUCGUACUUGAAGAACCACUUCAUCGGCGAGGAGAGGAGCAAGUACCAGUACCUGAUGACGCUGCGUCGCGUUGUUGACGACAGUACGGUGUGUCUGAUGGGACACGAGAGGCGUCAGACGCUGAACAUGAUCACAGUGCUGGCGCUGAAGGUUCUUGGAGAGCAGAACAUUAUACCCAACACAGACCAUGUGACGUGCUUCUACCAGCCUGCCCCCUACCUUGCCGAGCACAGUGCCCCCUAUCUAGCAGAACCCAGCUACUGCAGCUACUACAUACCCCAAGGAGGGUCGACUCUGCUAUACCAACCAUAUCCGUUACACUUACACCCGCAGACUGGACUAGUCUAACACACGCAUACAUGUAUUUACACAAAACACACAAUUGAGCAAGGGGAUGGUGCUUGCCAUGAAGAAAGAACUGGAGAAUGGAAAUCUAAUCCAGGGAUAAACUGUUUGGUCUAUAAUAGACCUAUGGGGGUGGGAUUGAGUGGGUUUUUACAGUAAACUCCCUGACUACUCUGUAAGGUUCUAACAUGAUUAUAUGUGAUUAUCUAGGCUUUGUGGGAAAAUAAUAAUUCUUCCGAUAUUGUUAAAAUUCCAGAUAAUGCUGUAUGCACUGCAUGAGUCAUAGGCCUUUGGUCUCCCUGGGUAACCAACAGUGCUGUUGACAUUCACACACAUGCACAGACACGCAAACACACACACACACACAAACACACACACAAACACACACACACACACACACACACACACACACACACACACACACACACACGCAAACACACUUCCAGGUUCUUGAAUUCUUGUACACUCUUUUCAUGUUCUUACUGUGUUGUUGUUAAUGGGUUUGUUCAGAAUGUGGACCUUGCCUGUGGUUGAUAUUGUGCAUGGAUAAAUUAGGACUGUUCUCUCACUGCCAAAUACUGUGUAACUACUAUGCUUCUUAAACAGUUUAAUGUAACUUUGUUAUUCCUUUACUGACGGGUGUAUUUCUGAAAAAAUACAGAGGGACAAGUCUACCAGUGUGUACAGUAUUUUCAGCAAAACACACAAAAGCAUGGACAACACACACUCACACACACACACACACACAUACACACACUAACAUAUACAUACAUGCAAGUAAACAUGUAGUACUGUACACACACAAAGUUAGACAAUGCAUGAGUAGCUAAAUAGAUCACAUCCUACAGUCAAAGCAAAGGCUUUUAAUUUAUUAAAAUUGAUCUAUUUUUGCAAGACUUUCCAAGAUACUACUCAGUGGUAAACAGACUGGUUAGUUACUACAGAAAAAUGCCAACAACAUUGCCUUUGAAAUAGACUGUACAGCGUAUUGAUUACAGUAUAUUGUGUGCGAUUACACUGCAUUGUUUUCAGGUAACUUGUGUUAAAUUGUACUGCUUGAUUCCUUUCCCUUUGUGGAGUCUUUUCUGUAAUCAUGUGACGUAUUGUAUCAUCUAGUGUUAAUUUAUUUAAUGCUAAAAGUUUACUCUAUGGAGGUGGUCAGGUUAUAACCAUCUUUGGGUCAUCUCUAAACAUGGCGGAUGUAGAUCUGCCUGAACCGAAAGGAAUUACAUUUAAACCCGUAUGACUCCUCUCAGCGUGAAUCCUCGGAUUCACACCAGAAUUAAACAAGAUCCACCUCUUAAAUCUAAGUUUUAAGCCGUGCAACAGCAACUAUGACCAAAGAUGGUUUGGUAGGGAAAUCAAGUGCCUAAAUGUGAGACAUCAUUGGCAUGUCUUUAUCUCACUGCACUGGGGGUGUUAAUGGGGUGGGCCUGGGGCUGGGUUGGGUGUGUGUUCAGUUGUUGACCCCUGUUAUUGCUGCCCAUUUUGAUGUCUUCUUUAAUGUAGUCCUUUGUUGUAGUUUAUUCAUGUACAUUUUGAUAUAAUAAAGGGGAACCUCAACAAACCAUUA